AUACAAAUACAUGUGAAAGUUUAAAACAAUCUAUUCAAUGAAAAAAUAUACCGUAAACUUAUUAUGUUUAAAAAAUUGAUAGAUACAUAUAUUAUAAUAUAUACCAAUUUAGAAUUGAAAACAAAAUAUUUAUAUAAAAAUAAAUGAAAACAAAAACCCGCGCGGUUGCGCGGAUCGAGAUCUAGUUUGAGGAUUUAAUUUGGUAAUUUCUAUAUUCUUACUAAGUUCUCAAUAGUGCAAAAUAAAAAAAAAAUUCCUUAAUAGGAUUUUACAGUGGUAAUCUAUAGAUUUAAGAAGUUAAACCAUAUGUAAUGCAUGCAUUGAAUUGAGAGGUAAGCUGGAAGUGUUCGUAAAGUAUUUCAGUUGUAAUCUAUAUUACUCAUUUUGAUUCGGAUUCGAUUAUGAUGUGUAGAAACCUAAAAAUAUUUAGAUAACCAAUAUUCAAAUUAUAUGGUGACAUAUGUAAAAUAUAUAAAAACAAAUAUCAAUAUAUAAAAAAAAGAUAAAAACCAACAUCCUCAAUCUUUUGUUCAUAUUUAUAUAUAGCUAACGAAUAUAUAUCCUUAAACUCGAAAUCGAAAUGUAGGAAAGAUACUGUUAUUUAAACUUCUCAGUAUUGCAAAAAAAAAAAAAAGAGUUGUUUGUCGAUACAUACGUAUAUUACUUAUCUGGGUUAAGAGGCUUUGGAAGCUUCUGAGUUCUGAUCCAAGCUUCUGAGUUCUGACCACUAAGAUAUAAAGUGUAGUUUAUAUAAAUAAUAAUUAACCAUACAUUCAAAGGCCUAUUAGCUCAGUUGGUUAGAGCGUCGUGCUAAUAACGCGAAGGUCACAGGUUCGAAACCUGUAUAGGCCAUAUUUUUUAUAGCACGUCGCCUUCUCUCAUCCACGCUUUUAUUAAUAUAUAUAUAGAAAUUGAAUAGCCACCAUUGUGUUCGGAGGCAAGGAAUAGUAAAGUUUCCAAAAUGAUUGCACGAAAAUAAUAAAUGUUGAUAAGCUGACGUGAUUAAAAACACUGUAGCUUGGUCUUUUUCGCCCACACACUUACUGUAGUUUCUUCUACAAAAGAUAGUUAAAAACUAAAUUCAAAAGCGGUAGGAGAAGAAAUGUAACGAGUUCAGAACCAAACCACUCCUUUCAUAUCUUUGGUGAUUGACUAUAACAAUCCUUUCUUAUCAACAUUAUCUUUCAUAUCUUAUUUAUAUUACUUAUUAUUGAUAACUUGACGCGUAAGAUAUUAUCUUGUUAGAAAUCAACAAACAAACCACAAAUGAGAGCGAGAUAUAGAGACACUUACGAAGCAAUCAUCAUCAAUGGUGUAGAUGUACUUCUUUUUGGAGACCAAGAAACCGAAGCAGCGGCAACCAGAAUCUUGGAAGGAAAUGCAACAUGCCUUGGCACCUAAGAUUCGAUUGAUGUCGUUCCUGUUGUACAGCUCAUAGUCAAACCCUUGUGGGACCUUGAUGGUCUUGGCAGGAUCACCGUCCUGAACGAUGUUCAGAUGGUAUUGCUCAAAGAAUAUUUUUUGAUGUCGAGAUCAUCUUUCAGCAUAGCGAUUGGUUUCACCGAAGAAGAGGACUGUUGGGCCAUUUGAGAUUACUAAAGCAGUUGAAGCAUACUGGAUAAGAGAGAUAGAUGGUGUUGUACUAUUUUUGGAAAUGGAUACUUCAGUAUUUAUACAGGUGAGAAGAUCGUUAUAAUAAUCGAAGGAUAAAAUAGUUACUUCACUCCUCCUUUGGCCAAACCUGCUUGAUGUUUCUUGUGUGUAAUCCUCUUCUGUUUAUAUUAUGUUAUUAUCAUAUAUAUUUUUUCAAAAUUGGAGUUGCGUGAGAGCAAUGUUUUUGUUUUCAUAAUUUUUAUAUUAUUGUUUACGAUAUUCAGUUAAGAAAAAUGAUAUAUAGAUAGAUUAGAAAUCGAGUACGUCUUAACUCAGAUUAACUGUCCAUUUAAUUGCUGAUAUAUAGCUCCGAGCAUCUUAUUCUGUCAAUUGAUUCAGUAUUGUUAUCCAAAGGCAUGUAACCAUAUCUUGAGAAUGCCGUUGUUAACUUGUUUUGAUGGUUGCUUAGCAAUUGAGAACCUGACAUAGUUGUUUCUAUCGUUAGAUUUGUUUUUUUCAACAUGUUAAAUCCAUUGAUCAAAAGAUAAUUAUGUACAAAAACAUUGAAGGAAAGAAUGAAAAAGGAAUAUCUAGAACGUGAAACCAAGUUACAAUACUUCGGUAGUUGAAAACAUGGUGCAAGUUUAGGCGGUUCCUCUAGUUUGAAACCACUUCUGCCUCCUAUUUUCCAACCGUGCUGAAUUGUAACAGUGAAACUAAAGUUUGACCCACGCUUUAACGGAUAUUUUACAUCGUAAAAAUAAAAAUAAACACAUCAAAUAUUUUUGUUAUGAAUGUUAUAAUAGGAAAACAUGACCAAUUUAAUCCAUUCUGUUUAGGAACUACCCUCCAGUUUAAAUUUUGAUUCAUUCAAACCCAUCUCAUUUAGGUUCAUUUCAUUUACCUUCGUCCAUUUAGAAACCAAUCUCAUACUUUUUAAAUAUGUUAUUAUGUUACUAUAAUAUAACUUGUCUUACCGGAUUUUGAAAGCUAUAGAGUUUGACUACUAUGAUAAAAACUUUAUUAUAUGAAAGGUAUUUUACAAUAUAAAAAUAACCAAAUGUAGCAUGAUCAUAUAUUUAUGUUAUUUUAAUAAAACAAAAACCAUGUUAUUCUAAUUAAAUAUGCAAAUUCGAUAUAAAAACUUUAAACAUCAUUAAAUAUUAAUAUAGUUAGAUAUGAAAACUAAAAUAUUAAGAGACCAUAAGGUUCCUGUGUAAAUCUCCAAACAAUAUAUAGAGAUAUUAUAAAAUUUGUUAGAUAUUUGAAAUAUAUUUGUUUGUUGACUAAAUUAUUAUUUAACGGAAACUAUAAUUUUGUACCUAAUUUAUAUAUAUUUAAGUUUUUCAUAUUAUGUUUAAUUAGAUUUACAUAAAUUAAUUAUUGUAGUUAUGUUUAUUAAUUGUGCUAUUUUGGGAGUUUAAAGAAAAUUAUAACCGUGUCAUGCAUAUUAUUAUUAUUAUUAUUUGUUUUGUUCAAAUAAUCAAAGUUUAGAUGAAAAAUAAUUUAUUUGAAGUACUAUCACCAAUUAUUACAAAUUUUUAAGUUGAACCAACGAUUUGUGAACAGUUGUAAUGUUUCAUUUAAUGUGUUGGUGUUUUUAUAAAUGUUUAUGUUAAUGUGUUUCAUGUUUAUUUGGUUUAUGUGUGUUAAUUGUUAAAUAGAACGUUAGCUAUUUAGUGCAAUUAAAACUCGAACAUUCCAUACUCUUUGGUAAAUCUUAUAGUAAAAGAUGCCAGUGUCAAACGAUUCCUUGUUGAGAUUAGCUGAUGGUCCAAGCUAGCAAGCUUCACGAAGGAGAAGUUGGAUCUCUUUGAUUAACACAUGAACCGGUUUGAAGGCAUCCGAAUGCAAUCUUACGUUCCUUUCAUUUGUUUAAUCUGUGCUUACGAUUUACUAACAUAAUUCUCUUAAAUUGACUAUUUUAUAGAUCUGUAGAAAAUUCGAAAACGAAUUACAAGUGGAUGAACACAAAGAUGUAACUGAGCAUAAAGAUGAAAUUUGGGCAUCAAAUAUGGGGAUUAGACGUUAAAGAAGGGAUUUGAUGUCACAUGUUAUUGAUGAAUGCUUUUCCUCAUUUGGCUCGUCUUCUAGUAAGAGCCAUUGUAACUAGAAUACAAUUUGUUGUAUCAGAUAUAUCAGAACUAUAAUGUCAAGAAAUUACUCAAAACAAAUAAAUAAUAAUAAUAAUAUCAAGACAAAUUGUGAACAAAGAACGAAAACAUAUUUUUAAAGUAAUUUACAAUUAUUCACAUUGGCGCUAUUUUCAGAAUUGCACCUUCAAUUAAAUUAUGCUAAAACAAAUAGUUAGAUAAGAACACAAGAUUUUGUAUCUAUCUUUGAAAAUCCAUUAAUUAUUAGUUCAAGCAAGUAAGAAUAAAUUAGAAAGAAAUCUAGAAGUCAUUAACUAAAUAGUUUAAGAAAGUUUGACUAAUAAUUUCUUUUGGCAAGAAUAAAUAAGGUCAACAAGAAAAUGAUAUAUUGGUCAAAAAACAUAAAGCAUCCCACCAAUCAGAACACAAGUCCGCAUUUCUAAAGCUAACCGACCCUUUUUGUUGAUGAAUACAAAUAUUCUCUUUCCUUUUUUGUUCUCUCCUUAUGGAAACAUAAUCUCUGCCAACCUCUCUUAAACCCUUAUAUAAAGCACCUCUCUUCUCUUGCCUUCUCCUCACAAAUCUCUCAAAUUUCUUUAACCUAAUCACAACUAAAAGCCUCCUCCUUUUCUCUAGACUCUCCUUGGUUCCAUCUCUAGGACGUGUACAGAUAUGGCUGCCGAGGGAUGUGUUUAUGAUGCUCACCAAGUCUCUGAGGCUUUUGUGAAAAAAUACUAUCAUUUUGUGGUGACAGCGACUCAUGCAGCUCAUCAGUUUUAUGGCGUUGAUAGCCUUGUCACCAGACCAGGACCUGAUGGUACUAUGAUGUCUUUUUCAUCCGUCGAGGCUAUCAAGAAGCACUACCGUUCCUCUUACUAUGAUGGUGCCACAUUCGAUGUGGUCAGUGUUGAUACUCAGAGUUCUUCGGGAGGUGGAAUACUCAUCAUGGUUAUUGGUUUCUUGACUGGUAAAGAUAACCUCAAGAGGAAGUUUUCCCAAGCGUUCUAUCUUGCACGUCAGAAUCGUAACUAUGUUGUCUCCAAUGACGUUCAUCGUUUUGUUGAUGAAGAGGGUAUGUUUGCCAAGUCUUGUCCACAAGUUACAAAGCCAGUUGAAAAGAUAAAAAAGACUGGGCAGGUCCACAAAGCCACCAAGAAGAAGUCUGUUAAUGCUGCUGAGGUUAAGAAGGUGGUUGCUCCUGAAAAAGCUGUUGUAACUGCUCCAAAACCGAAAGAGCCAGUUGCUGAAACAUCAGCUGCUCCUCCUCUUGUUGGAGCCAAGAUAUCUUAUGCUUCCAUAGUUCUAUCCAUGUUGAGAAACGCUGCUCCUGUCCAAGUUAAAGCAGCCCCCGUUCAGAAACCUAGUACCGUGGCACAACCCAAACCCCAUGUAGCUCCAGCACCUGAAAAGAAGAGUGACCAGAAGAUGGUUGAUGAACCAGGGACUUCCAUAUUUGUGUCGAAUCUGCCAAUGGAUGCAAGGCCUCUUCAAGUCUAUGAACUGUUCAAACGUUUUGGCGCUCUCGAAGGAAAAGGAGUUCAAAUCAGAAGCUCCAGGGCUAGUGGAAGUUGCUUUGCCUUUGUUGCCUUUGAAUCUGUUGCAUCCGUACAGAGUGUACUUAAGGCUGCCAAGAGCAAUCAGUUCAAGCUUGGGGAGCAUAAGCUUCGUGUAAAGGAAAAGCAAGUUGAGUAUAAUAGUAGCAAUCCGUCUGAUUGGAGAAGUGAAUGUGGAAGCAUGAGUCAGAGUGGUUCUGUUGAUGGAAGCAAGACUGAGAAUGUAUAUGUAGGAGGCGAAGAAGAUGAUGGCUUCACGCUGGUCAGAAGCCGUAGGAACAGAAGUGGGAAGAGGAGACAAGAAUAGCCAAAUAAUCAGUACAAAAACAGUUACAGUUUCUUAGAAAAGUUGAUUGUUUGAAAAGAUAAGGGAAGAGCUUGCAACUUGAAAAUAUUCCGGCAUUACAGAUUCACUCACAUCUCUUUACUUUUUUUUUAAGUCUGUUGUCCAAUAUAAAUUCUGUUUUUUUUUUCUUUUUGUUUUACUCCUUAUGUGACUCAAUACAAAACUUCUGUUCUUUUUUUCUUUUCAGUCAGACAAUUUUCUAUCCUUUUUUGCUUGUUUUCAAAUAUUUUAAUUUGAAUGUUUCA